AUGGGCAGCGAUCAGGGCAGUUCAAUGGGUGGCAGUGACCUCGAUUCCGUGAAGGACAGGCUGAAGAACGUGGAGGAGGAAAAGAACGUGCUGGCCAACGCCCUGGAGUGGAAGGAGCAACAGUGGAAGACCCAGAUCGAGACCGCUCAGUUGGAAGUGGAGGAGCAGAAGCGGAAGCGGGAGGCCGAGACCAUCAGCUUCAAGUCGCAGAUCGCGGAGCUGGAGGCGGCCGCCAGGCAGGCGCUGGAGACCCGGCCGCCCCCGCCAUGCCCCCUGCCGGAGCGCCGGCCCGCCACCCUGCUCGGGCUCCUCCGCUGCCCGGUGCGCGGCGGCGCGGGCGGCGGCGGCCUCCAGCCCGCGUUCGGAGCUCACGUGGAGGGUGAUCAGCGAGAUCGCAGGCGCCGUGGCGCUGUUGUGCUGCAUGCGGGACUGCAAGGACUGCAUCAUACAGCAGACCACCCGAGAGGCCAGUCGCAUCUGGGGCUCCGCGCUGCUCCACGGGAAGUCGCUGUUCUCCCUCGCCAACGGGCCCUCCAGCCAGCAGUGGCUCCGGAAGGCGAUCGUCGGCCACCACGCAUGGCGGACGUGGGGCAGGCGGUCGACGGGCCCGCUGGGUUCCUGAUCCGGGACCUCGGAUGCGAGGCCUUCACCUCCAGGAGCCGGCGAGACGUUCGACUCCGCGGUCACAGUGGCGCACUUCCCGGCCGAGCCGGCCUGCGGCAAGCUGCCGGCGAUCCUGAUCAUCCUGGAGCCCCAGAGCCGCCCGGGCUACGCCAAGGCCGCCAAGAGUCAGCAGCCCCGCGACCAGAUGAGCAGCGCCCACUCGUCGCACUCUGGGCGCAGCGACCGCCGCGGCAGGGGACCACGAGGAACGAGCCGUGA